UAAAGGAAGAUAGAACGACGCUUUCAGCGCUAAUAACGUUCUCCUCGAACGCACCUCAAAACGUGUAUGUGAUAUUCAAUUUUUUCUUAUCCUUUCCGCCUUUGCCUUCUCGAAGAAGAUGUUGCGCAUAUACUAGAAGACCAUCUGUUACAUACAGUGGAGGAGGAACAUUUUACAAAAAACAUUUAACACAACAUUUUGUUUUAUCUGGAAGUCAACAUUGGUAACAUACUGUUUUGUCUCUGGAAGUCAACAUUGAAUAUAAGUUGUUUAUGUAGAAGAUGUGUGAACAAACGUGGACUGUUAUUCAAUUCGAAGAAGAUUGUUCUGUGGAAGCGGUACCCUCAACAUGGAUACAAGGGCAGUUUUGCCAUUGGCCUACAUAUUCACAGGAAAAAUUAAUGACUGCAAUAAGAAAACAUGAAUCUUUAAAUACACGCUGGCCCUGCUAUAAAAUUAGAAAUUUCAGAAAUUCUACUUUUGAAGACUAUUCCAAAGCUCGCUCAAAAGCACGUACCGCUGAAGUGACAAGUGAUUUAAAUUCUGAAAUAGAAGAAAACCCUAAAAGAAAAAGAAUUCAGAAAAUGUUUACUUCAUCAGAAGAGGAUAAUAAUGAGGAUUUAGAAACCUCAUUAUUAUCACAACCACCAAUAUUACAAACGAAAACUAAAAUAAAGCAGAAUAACUUUAGUUCUUUAAACAAAGCAAGUUCUACAUCACUUAACGUAAAUCAGUCUACAUAUGAUGAGUCUUCAUACAAUACAGAAAAUAAUAAUUCAAUUCUUAGUGAAAAUGUUGAUUCAUCACGAUAUUAUGAAACAACGCCAGUUAGUACGCCAUGCAGUUCAGCUUGCUCUAGUAAGAGAAAGAAACUUGAUGAGAAGACUGCUAAGAAUUUAGUGGCUCAAAAUUAUUUAAUACGAAGUAUUGUUAUUGACAUAUUAAACAAGUACCAAAGAAAAGGAAGAAAUAAUUUCAAUAUUCAAUAA